CUGUACCAAGACCAUUUACAAAUACAAAAGCGAAGGGGCGAAACAGAAUAGAAUAGAAUCCCAUCCUCUCCAUCCUAGGAGAGCCCGCAUUCCCUCCCCUCCCCACCUCGUUGCCCUCGCAGAUCCCCCACCCCCGGCGAAUGGCGUCCCGUCUCGCGUCCCGCCUCCUCCUCCGCCGCCCCGCCGCCGUAUUAAGUUUGCUCCAGAGUUCUAGACAUGCUAGACAUUUCAGCACUCAGUUACUUGAAGGUGCUCCGAGACUUCCAAAGCCAACAUGUGAACGCUAUUUCCUUCGAAAUGCUUCUCCUUACCAAAUUUGGAGUAGAUCAUUUGCUUCAGAGAAUGGUGACUUGGUUGAAGCUGUUGUGCCCUUCAUGGGUGAAUCUGUAACUGAUGGAACCCUUGCCAAUUUCUUAAAGAGUAUGCACCUGCCUCUCUCUGUUAUUCAAGUUGUCAACGUUUAUGCUCCUGACAUGUUAUUUGCUGCAGAACCUGGUGAUAGAGUUGAAGCUGAUGAGGCGAUAGCUCAGAUUGAAACUGAUAAGGUUACAAUAGAUGUUUCCAGUCCAGAAGCUGGGGUAAUUGAAAAGUUCAUUGCCAGUGAAGGUGACACUGUUACUCCAGGUACCAAAAUUGCCGUGAUAUCUAAGUCUGCUGCUCCAAGUGAGGCCCAUGUUGCACCAUCUGAAGAGACCUCCCAGAAGGAGACCCCUCCUCCACCUCCUCCAGAGAAACCUAAGGUUGAGGCAAAAUCACCAAAAGUAGAAUCUGUCAAACCACAGGCGUCAAAACUAGCCUCCCCCUCAGAACCUCAGCUCCCUCCAAAGGAAAGAGAGAGACGGGUGUCAAUGCCAAGGCUCAGGAAGCGUAUAGCAAAUCGUUUGAAGGAUUCUCAGAACACUUUUGCACUACUGACUACAUUCAACGAAGUUGACAUGACCAAUUUGAUGAAACUGCGGACUGACUACAAAGAUGAGUUUGUUAAGAAGCAUGGUGUCAAAUUGGGCCUGAUGUCCUGCUUUGUUAAGGCUGCUGUUUCUGCGCUUCAAAAUCAGCCAAUUGUCAAUGCUGUUAUUGAUGGUGAUGACAUCAUCUACAGAGACUACAUUGACGUUAGUGUUGCUGUUGGCACUUCCAAGGGUCUUGUGGUGCCUGUUAUCCGUGAUACAGAAGGGAUGAACUUUGCUGACAUUGAGAAGGGGAUAAACAGCCUUGCAAAGAAGGCAACUGAGGGGGCAUUGUCAAUUGAUGAGAUGGCAGGGGGAACCUUCACAAUCUCAAACGGUGGUGUCUAUGGAAGUCUUAUCAGCACACCUAUCAUCAACCCUCCACAGUCAGCAAUUCUUGGAAUGCAUUCUAUUGUCCAACGCCCUGUGGUUGUGGAUGGCUCCAUCCUUGCGAGGCCAAUGAUGUACCUUGCACUGACAUAUGACCAUAGGCUGAUAGAUGGCAGAGAAGCUGUUCUGUUUCUGCGCCGCAUCAAGGACGUGGUUGAAGAUCCACGGAGGUUGCUCCUUGACAUAUAGUUCUGUUUGUUACUUCUGGGGUAAAGAUUGCUUCACAUCGAUUUCGGAAUAAUUGUACACAAAAUUUUGACUCAUGCCGUAGUCGCUUCUCCAACAAUUGAGAAUUCGGUUGCUGGCCUCUGAAUUGUAGUAGAAACAUCAACGAAUUCAUUUCCUUUUUCUGAGGUUAUACUUGUUGGGACGUACUAGUUCCCUAAACAUAUUAUGAUCUACAAUAGCAAUGGACACCCUCAACUUUGUCGUGCCA